CCAAUGGUGGACCUUUUCAGGAAGCAGUACCUCACGGCCAAGGAGCAAAACGACCAGACCCGCAUGGAUGAGAUCCUCGCAGCUUGCCCAGAGGCAAAACCAGCUGAACCAGUCGCAGCACCAGAGCCAUCAACAGGACAGAUACUCCAAGAGGCCGUCGCGGAGCUCAACCGUCUCCAGAAGCACCAAGACAAGCUGGCCAAACAGCUCAAGCGUGCUACCGAGUACCGCAAUGACGUGCUCCAGAGGAUCAGCACCAACGUAUCCGAGCUGGCCGACGCGAAAAAGCACUUCCAUGAGGCCAAAGCCGAUGUCGGAGGGGAUGCAGCCGAAGCACAGCCAGCCAAGAAACAGGACGACGCGGAGGAGGAGUUCCCGACACUGGACGACGAGGAGUUGGCCAUGCUGGACAGCAAGCAGAAAGAGGAGUAUGAGGCAAUCCAGAAAGAAUUCCAGAAGGCCAGGCAAUACAUCGACGGCAAGAAGACAGCAGUCAUCAACGCGAAGAAGGCGCUCGACGCGGCUAAGACCAUCAAGACCAAGGUGGAGCUCGCCAACCAGUUCGACCUCUCAGAUGACGCCCAGGUCCAGGCCUACCCCGCGAAGCUGGCCCAGAUCAAGAGCAGGACGAAGGUCAUGGUUGCUACGCGGCAGGGUUCGCAAGGUACUGGCAUCAAGCUCCAGACCGAAGGCAAGAACCAGCAGACCAAUUCAGACGAUGCGAAGCCCAUCGUCACCAUCUUCGUGGCCAACGUUACGCAGUACAACACGGCCGCCAAACUUUUCAUCGAGGGCAAGAGCAAGCAGUACGACAUCAUCGCGCUGAGCGAGCACCACCUACGUGGACCAGCAGCAGAGGUCGAGGCUAGCCGACUCAUGCAGUACGGGUGGCGUUCUCACGAUGCGCAGGGCCACAGCAUGUUCGCCAAGGAUAUCCAGGACAUCACCAUGGCGAAGUGGCAGCUCAAAGGACAGCAGAUAGCAGUGAUCACGGCCUACCUCACAGCAUCCAUCGGCUUCACGGGUGAGAAUAUCCGUAAGAUGAAGCACUUACUUCAGCUGACUAAGAGUUUGGGCAACAUACCUUGGAUAAUUUGUGGCGACUUCAGCAAUACACCACAAGAGUUUGAAGCGACGCCUUGGCUAAGACUUCUUGGUGGAUCAACUGUGGUACCUCAGCACGUUAGCUACACGUGCAGCAGUGGAACGGGGCGCCUCAUCGAUUAUGCCAUCAUCCCUCCAGACUUUCGACCGAUACUCAAGCAGAUCCGUGGCGAGCAUGAGGUACCAUGGUCCCCACGCAUCGGCAUCGCUAUAGAGCUAUGGGCCCAGCCGUCGACGAUCCUUAUCCGCAAGCCCAUGCUCCCAGCCAAGCGCCCCAUACCCAUGACGGAAAUUCAAAGAGAGAAAGGUAUCAAGCGGCAACAGCGCGACCGCACCCAGUACAACGAAAUGGCCAUGUACUUUGAAGACGACCUCUUGGACAGCAAGCUCCUGGACAUGUACUACACGCAGACUGUGGCCAUGCGAUGCGACCAGAAUAUCUGGGACGAGUGCCGAGACGAGGAGGCAUCUUGCCGAAUCCGAGGCGCGCCGCUGUGGGUGCAGAAUUCGCUAGCGUACAAGCAGGACCCGCGCAUGAGUGAGUUGCUGGGUAAGUUGCAUGGCAAGUGGGCGAAUGCGGCGGAGCGGGCACUCUCGACCACCACGGAGGCACCGAUCCACUCACGAGCGAGACGUGGACAGCCAACACGCUACAUGGAGGCACCCUACCCGCAGCACAUCGCAGGCACGCCGAAAGGUAACACUAAAGCGGACGAGCAGCAGCACACCAGCAUCCCCUGGACGGCGCUCCAUCAGCGUUGCCGAGACGGCGUUCUGCUCCUCCAAAGGCACCCGAUAGAGAGCAAGCACCACUUGGACGCCAUCAGCCUCAUCAUCAAGACUGUAGUCACGCAGAUCGACAAGCCCGAAAAGACCAAAGUAGCGGAGACCGACUACCUGGAUGAGCAGGCGGCCCUUCUCGCUAAACGCGUCAGCCCCCUCGGCCACGACACCGACCCCGACGCGCACACGGAGAAUAUCACCGAGUGGCAG